AUGUCCGAUGGCCAAAAGAAGCCCUAUCAACAAGGCUGGCAUUCCUCGGUCACAGCAAAUCAUGCCACCCGCACUGCCGAAAACGAAGGCGCCUUCUUCAUCCCGCGCCUCAAACCACACUUUAAAGUCUUGGACAUGGGCUGUGGUCCCGGUACCAUCACCGUAGGCCUCGCGAAAUAUGUGCCCCAAGGUUCAGUCAUAGGCGUCGAUCUUACGUCCGAAGUCAUCACGCAAGCGAAAAAGCUUGCAGAGCAAAAGGAAGGAGGCGUACCGUCCAACGUCACCUUCACCACGGGCAACGUGCUCGAGGGCCUACCUUUCGAGGAUGAGAUGUUCGACGCAGUGUUCAUGAGUCAAGUGCUUCUGCACAUCCCAGAGCCCGUCAAGGCGCUCAAAGAGUUGAGGAGGAUGGUGAAGACGGGCGGAUUCAUUGGCGAUCGCGAGGGCGACUUCCCCUUUCUUUGGUACCCAUACCUUCCUGGUCUGCAGCUCAAAGACAAGUGUACGCAAUGCCCGGACAUGUACGACAUGGUGAUCACACGCCAGAAGUCGUCAACGCCUCGACCCCAGUACCCUCCGCAUGGACCUGAGCAUCGGAGCGGCUCGAUGAUUCAUGUGUGGGCGCGCGAAGCAGGGUUUGACCCGCUGAAGGUUGAGAAGAGCGCGAGGGUCACGAUGUAUACUACGCCUGAGGAGAGGAAGGUAUAUGCGGAGAACAUGAUUGCGAGGAUGGAGCAGGGUGGGCAUAGGCAGAAAUACAUGGACCUUGGGGCAAGCAGGGAGGAUGUUGAUUUGAUGGUGAGGGAUAUGGAGAGGUGGAGGGAUGAUCCGGAUGGUGUUCAUCACAUCGUGCAAUAUGAGGUUGUGGCCUGGAAGUAG